AUGAAUUAACAAACUGACUUGAAGAGAUUUUCUUAUAAAUAAGUAGAAAAUGAAUCAGUCCGAUAAUAUGAAUUCUGUUAUUCCAUCGACAUUAAUCAAGAAAACACCUUAUUAAUAGCUUCAGCAAAAGCAAAAAUUAAUGUUUACAUAUUUAAAAUUGGAAAUAUUAAAUUACUAGCGAAAUUGGGAGGAGAUAAGAGUUAUAUAAAACACCUUAAAUUUUUAAAUAAGUCACAAUAUUUUUUAUCAGGAUCUCUUCAUGGAUUUAUCAUAGUUUGGUCAAAAAGCUUAUUGGCUAAUCCAAAAUAUAUAUAAAAAAUAAAAACUCAUUAAAGUUAGAUAGUUGCAUUGAUUCUUCAUCCAAUUAUUGAAAACUAAUUUAUAUCUGCUUCUAGUGGAUUAAUUCAAUUUUUCUAAUACUCGAAUCAUAGGUAAUGGUUUAGUGUUGAUAGAAUCUCUGAAAUCGAUCAAAUUUUAGGAAUAUCUAUUAACAUGAAUGGAACUUAAAUUGUUACAAGUAGCGAAAAUCAUCGAAUACAAGUGUUUGAGCAUCAGCAAUCAUUUUUACAGUAAAAAAAUACUUCAGCUUGGCUACUAAAAUAAACAAUCAAUAUUAAAUAAUAGGGUUUUAGAGUCUGCUUUUUAGAUAAUGAUACUUUUGUAUUUUAACCUGUAACACAACUUUGGAAUGGAACAAAACAUAUGAAUAUUUAUAGAUUAAAUCAGUUAAAUUAAUACAAAAAAGAAAAUGAAAUACCUGUCAAAGGAGCUAGUUAAAGGUGUGCGCAUAUUUUUCCUUCUUUAUACAAUUAAUCUAAAUAAGUACUUCUAAUGAAGAAUGGCAAUUAUACCAAUAUAUUUAAAUAUGUUGAUAGAUCUUUUAAGUUAAGGUAUAAAUAAGUUUUAACUUUUUGGACCCCGGAAGUGUCUGGUACUCUGAGCGAUGAUGGUAAAUAUUUAAUUACUUGGGACAAAAACUCAAGAUAGAUUUAAAUAAGAAUAUACACUGAGUUAAAUGCAAAUGAAUAGGAGCAAAAAGAUGAAUGA